UUAAGACGAAGAUGGCCGAUAAUACGACACCAUACGGAUGCUGCCAUUACUGCAAGCAGUAUGGCCACUUCAUUGCCAAGUGUCCUCUUCUAGGACGUGGCGACGGUAUCAUCUCCGGCACACCGAUCAGAAGACCGCCGGUGAUUAAUCCUCAAUAUGCUCGUAGCGCUCCGCCUCUCCCAGCUCCUCAGGCAGUCAUCAUCGCACCGUCCAAUCCCGCUGUCCCUGCAAGGUCAAGAUCGCCAUCUCUGGCGCCGUCUGCAUCGAAUGCGAUUGUGCCGUUCCAACCCCGAGGACCCAGCACUCAGUUUGGAGGUAGUGGAGGGUGGAACAGUAGAAAUAACCCUGGUGAGAUAGCACUGCUUUUGAGAGAGCUUGUGAACAGUGACAGGGAAAAGAGAGAACGACGAAGAGAGUUGGAGGAGAGAGGCGAAAGAGGAGCAUGAAGCUAGGGCUAAAGAAGAAGAAAAACAGAGGCGUGAGGAUGAGGAGAGAAAAGAGAUUGAGAGAGAAGAACGAAUGGCGAAACUGUUCGCGGAACAGUAUGCCGCAAUGGAGAAAAAGAAGGAUGAAGAGGCAGGACUCAAGAGGGAUCCAACUAAGGGAAAGGAUAAGGCCAGCUACGAGGAUAAAAAGGGAGAAGAAAAACUAAAGGCCAGGGAUGGGAGCCUCAGGAUUUGUGAGGGCGAGGUGAAGAAACGAGGACAGGAGGUCCUGCAAGGUAGUUCCCCCUUGCAACCUGAUGCUGGUCGGCAAAAAACGCUUUCCGAUGCUACGAUCGGACCACUGGAUGCAGGACUCCUCCUCGUGAACUUCAACAUGCUGAAACGUGACAAGGACUCGUUCCAGCGCAAUCAGGAGUCUAUUCUACAGCGGAUGGUAUCGGCUAUCGAAAAACUCGCACACAGCCGUCAAGAGGAUGGCCUGGCAGGAGGUACCAAUGACACCCCGUCUUCAAGCAGACCCACGAGGAGGCUGGCUGAAGUAUUUGCCUCUGUGGCUGGGCAUUCCAGACGAGUAUCUGGUUCGUUGUCUGCAGUUCGAUCUUCCAGCUUGGGAUUUGACAGAGUCCGGGACGGGAAGAAAGCCGUCGUCGCUUCGACAGGCAAGGAAGGAAGGAAACAGUACCUUGCCGACAUGAAGAAUGAGUUGAUGGAGUACAAGGCCGAUCUCGAGGUGCUGUGCCGAAAGGACAAUAUCAAGUACAUCAAUAAGAAACAGGCAGUUCAUGAACUUGCCAUACUCCGCACGUGUGACGCUUAUGGUGACACGGAGGAGGACGAUGACGAGGAACUCCUCAACGGGACAGGGUUCGAUCAGCAAGAAGAGAACCCCUCCUGAUAUCCUUCUGGGACAAAAGGUGGUUAUGGCAGCAAGUCUGCAACACCCGUGACAACAGAAAAAGGUGCGGCAUGAGAGGUGGUCAGAGUUCUCGUUUAGAGGUUUCAAUGAGAUUCUUCGUGCUUAUGCUAAUCGCUGUUGGUGGCAUUAAGUGGGGUCGUGAAUUUAUAGAUAAUUGGGUAGAUUCGGUGCAGCGUGGUCACGUUAUUUGUUCGGGAGAAGGGUGUUGUGUUUACGUCCUAAUUUCACCUUGGUUCAAGGCUACGUACAUAGGUUCGACUGGCCGAGGUAUUACGGACCGAUGGAAGGAACACGUCAGAAUGGCGAACUCCAACACAAAGGGCAGAAAUCAUAAAUUAAAAAGAUGGCUGGAACGAACUGGGUGGGAAUCUUACGUAGCCAUUCCACUUUUCUAUCCUUCCGAAUCUGAUCUUCGGCUAACUGCAUCUUCGCUCAUCUCACGACUCUCCCCUUGUCUCAACACUAGGAUGAACAGAAAGAAAAAGGCUUGUCGAAGGAAAGGUCGCAGGGAAAGGAACGCUUACCAUAAAAAAUUUGAUCGGACCAUGCCGGCUGUUCGUGAUCAGCGGCUGAUUGAGUGGUCUUUCUCAGCUGGAUCCUCGACUAUUAAGUCUGAUGCAAUUCGUAGUUAUGGUCUCAUUGAGAGCCUGAAAGAGUGUCUUGCUAACAAUCUGCACUACGCUGCUCUGACAACAAGCGGUGGAGGUUUUUUCCUUGAUGGUUGGGGCAAACUAAGUAAACUAUUCGGAUUGUUGAUUUUAAGGACUCUAAAUGCCUUUUAAAAG